AUUACAUCCUUUUACACUGCUAAUUUACGCCCUUUUAGCCUUGUUUUUUCAUUACCCUUAUCUCCAUUUCUCUAUAUUUGUCCUUCUUUAACCAGACAAUACAGGCUCACCAUCUCUCUCUCGCUCUUUCUUUCCAUAUGACUCCUGUCUGUGAUCUGAAUCCACCCACUUCUUCUUCUUUUCCAGCUUUGGAGCUUAAAGAAGAUCAGCAACACCUGCAGCUCUUUCUGUCACCUCAUCAAGCUGCUGCUUCUCUAUCUUCAUCAGCUCCUGCUUUUUUAAACACGGCCCAUGAUCAAUAUCAUAGAGAAGCCCAACAGCAUGUUAAGGAGGAUGAUAAGUACAUAUCAGACAGCAGAUGGAGUGAUGAUCUUCACAAAGCCCAGUCUUUUCAAGCUGCAGUGGAGAAUGAGAGUAGCAGUAGGGAAACCCACGAAUUGUCCCCAUGUAAAAGAGAGGAUUAUGAAGGAAGUCGUGGUGAUGAGGGAUCUGCAGCCAAAUGGACGCCCGCGAGGAUGAGGUUGAUGCAAAAAAUGAUGAACUCUAAUUGCUCAGUGACUAAUAAUCCAAUGAAAUUCACACCCAAAUUUCAAGAUCACCAGCAAUGUGAUUCUAAUAAUAACACUAUCAGAGUAUGCACAGAUUGCAACACUACCACUACUCCUCUUUGGAGGAGUGGCCCUUUGGGGCCUAAGUCCCUUUGCAAUGCCUGUGGUAUUCGACAGAGGAAGGCCAGACGGGCAAUGGAGGCGGCAGCUGCCGGAGCGAAUGGCACGGCUGUUUCCACAGAGAUGUCAUCUACAAAAAAUAAGUUGCACAAGGAAAAGAAGUGGCGCUCAGGCCAAAUUGCGCAAGGCAGGAAACUGUGUAAGCCUCCUGAUUCACCUCAGGGCCAAAAGAAGAUUUGCAGCUUCAAGAAUCUUGCAUUAAGCUUGAGCAAGAACUCGGCUCUUCAACGAGUUCUUCCACAAGAUGUGGAAGAGGCAGCGAUACUGCUAAUGGAAUUAUCUUGUGGUUUUAUUCAUAGUUGAAGCUUGACCUAUAAUUCUAGGACAACGAUUGUCAUUUUAGUUAGUUUUCUUAUAAAUUUCUGCUAGUGAUGAUGAGAGUUGAUGCGAACCAAAAGGUGGAUUUGCUUCAUUUUAGCUUUUUUUUUUCUUUUUCUCUUGAAAUAAGAAAAUUGAUAAUGCAAAAAUAUAUGUGGAAAUAUAGAUAGAUGUUUUGUGUGAUGGAAAUUAAAUUAGUCUUUUAUAUAUAGAAAAUAUUAAAGUA